AUGGGUUCUUUGAUGUGGCACAAAUACCUGUUGGUGGCUGUCUACUUAUGGGCCUUAACAUGUUCACUUGUUCCUGCUUAUGGCCUAGUGAGAAUCGGUCUGAAGAAGCGACCCUUGGAUCUUCAAACCAUCAAAGCUGCAAGAGCAGAAAGGGAGGCAAAUUACAGAGGGAGUCUAAAGGGCAUGAAUCAGAAUCACUAUUUGGGUAGUUCAGAUGAAGAUAUAGUGCCUCUCAAUAAUUACAUGGAUGCGCAAUAUUAUGGGGAGAUUGGAAUUGGCUCUCCUCCUCAGAACUUCACUGUCAUAUUUGAUACUGGCAGUUCCAAUCUUUGGGUUCCAUCAUCAAAAUGCUAUUUUUCUAUUGCAUGCUAUUUCCAUACUAGGUACAAGUCAAGCAAGUCCAGCACAUACACCGCAAUUGGAACGUCGGCCAAAAUAACAUAUGGAAGUGGAUCAAUUUCUGGUUUCUUCAGUCAAGACAAUGUUGAAGUUGGAGACCUUGUUGUCAAAAAUCAAGAUUUCAUUGAGGCAACAAAGGAGGGCAGCCUCACAUUCGUUUUGGCGAAGUUUGAUGGACUUCUUGGCCUUGGGUUUCAGGAAAUCUCUGUUGGGAAUGCCACACCAGUGUGGCAAACAAUGGCAGAACAAGGUCUUCUAGGUGAUGAUGUCUUCUCAUUCUGGCUUAACCGAGACACAACUGCAGAAGUAGGAGGUGAACUUGUUUUCGGUGGUGUUGACUCAAAGCAUUAUAAAGGGAAGCAUACCUAUGUUCCAGUUACUAGAAAGGGUUAUUGGCAGUUUGAAAUGGGCGAUAUUGUAAUCGGGAACUUGUCAACAGGUGUUUGUGAGGGGGGUUGUGCUGCUGUUGUGGAUUCAGGAACGUCCUUACUCACUGGUCCAACGACUAUUGUGACUGAAAUUAACCAUGCUAUUGGAGCUGAAGGAGUAGUGAGUGCAGAAUGUAAGCAAGUUGUGUCUCAAUAUGGAGACUUGAUUUGGGAUCUUCUAAUAUCAGGGGUACAACCUGACCAAGUAUGCAAGCAGCUUGGUUUGUGCAUUUUCAAUGGGGCUCAGUAUGUGAGCACUGGGAUUGAAACAGUGGUUGAGAAGGAGAGCAGGGAGGGCUCAUCUGCUGGUGACAGUGCUUUGUGCACAGCUUGUGAGAUGGCUGUUGUUUGGGCCCAGAAUCAGCUCAAACAAAAAGGAGCAAAAGACAAAGUCCUAAGCUACAUCAACGAGCUCUGUGAGAGCCUUCCAAGUCCACUGGGAGAAUCCAUAAUCGACUGCAAUAGCAUUUCGAGCAUGCCAAACGUGACCUUCACCAUUGGAGAUAAACCUUUCGUCCUCACUCCGGAACAAUAUAUUCUGAAAACUGGAGAAGGCAUUGCUGCUAUCUGUAUCAGCGGGUUUGGGGCUCUUGAUCUCGCUCCUCCAACUGGGCCUCUGUGGAUUCUUGGAGACGUAUUCAUGGGGCCAUACCACACUGUGUUCGACUUUGGUGACCUUAAAAUCGGAUUCGCAGAAGCUGCUUAA